AUGCUCGCAUGUCCGCCCGGCGGGGCCGAGGCGGCCCCCGCGCACCGUAAAAUCUCCUUCUCCGUCCUGGACAUCCUGGAUCCGCGCAAAUUCACCGGCAGGAGCGAGGCGGGGCGCGGCGGCGCCGGCGCAUCCCGCUCCCCGGAGCGCGAGGAAACUUCGGCGGGCAGCGGGAACGAUGCGCCCUGCGCGGCGGAGCAGCGCGACGAAGGCAGCGCGGAGCCGCCGCAGGAGCCGCGAUCGCCGCGGGCCGCCCGCGGGCGCCGGGCCGGGCCGGGCUGCUCCAAGCGGCGCCGGGCUCGAACCGCCUUCACCUACGAGCAGCUCGUGGCCCUGGAGAGCAAGUUCCGCGCCACGCGCUACCUCUCGGUGUGCGAGCGCCUCAACCUGGCGCUCUCGCUCAGCCUCACCGAGACGCAGGUGAAGAUCUGGUUCCAGAACCGCCGCACCAAGUGGAAGAAGCAGCACCCGGGCGCGGAGAGCGGCACUGUGCCGCCCUUCGGCGCGGCCAACGUGCUCCUGCCCGCCGGGCCCUUCGCGCUGCGCGGCCCCUUCGCGGGCCCCGCGUACCUGGGGCCCUUCUACGCGCCGCACCUGUGA